AUGACCGGGCUUCUUCUGGUGCUUUGGGCAUCGCUGGUGUCUGGGGGGCUCGCCGGAGGUAUGAUGGUCAACAAGGUACCAGCCCAAAACCUGAGCUGCUUCCAGUGCUUCAAGGUUCAUCAGGCCAGCCAGUGUCGGCCCAUAGAGUGCCAGCCCAAUGAAAAAGUCUGUGUGAGCAACGAGGUUCUCCUUUACACGAGUACAAAGAGAAGAGCUCAGAUCAGCAAGCGCUGUGCCACCACUUGUCCCAACUCCAAUAAUGUAAUUGAGUUGUCAUUGGGCAAUACUCAUGCCAGGAUCACCAGAAGAUGCUGUUCAUUGUAUCGCUGCAACAGAGCACCUGGGAGUUGGGAGGGGUUCUGGUCCUUACCAGGGAGGCUCCUGAUGCCAAUGGGUCUGGCCCUCUUUUGCACCCUGUUGUGA